AUGUCGUCUUCUGCGGUUGUCGGGAUUGGCGCAGGAAUUGGCGCGCUCUUUCUUUGCGCCGUCUGCUUCAUCGGUUUUCAGAUAUACAAGCGCAAACGCGAACACAAUCCCGAGAUCGCCGAGAUCGAACAAGGAUUUCCUCCUGCCCGUCCUGUAGAGGUCACUCAACUACAUCAAGGAUCUGGAGUCUGCCAAUUGCCAUUCGUGCCUCCCUACGUACCUUGUGGGGGAUGGGGCGCACUUGCAUCGACAGAGACGAUUCACCAUCUACCGCCGUUCGCACAGGUCAACAAUCGCACUCAUCCGGCAUUUAUCUUUCCUGAGGAGCAGACUCGGACGGGAUGGAACUUUCCUGGAAGGAGACCAAGGAUAGGGCGUAUGCCAUCCAAUGCCAGAAGAUUACAAGCUCUCUCGGCAAUUAUUGAAAGCCCAAGAGGAGGGACGCCUGGUGGAGGUUCCCGAAGUUCGCCAGCUGCUACCAAAGGGGGUGCUGUGAGAGAACGCGAGAUCCAUUAUGCUUCUGUGGGACCAUUGAUUGCAAAGCCUGAGGCUGUCAAAAUCGACUCGCCUCAAAUACCGCCUCGUUCCUCUUCACGACCGAUACAACUCACGGAUCCGCCCAUACAAGUCUCGCUCACUAGAGAACCUUCUAUAGGACCUCGGGCGGCUCGUUCAAAAUCUUUGGGGGCCGUUUCUGAUCCUAACAAGCCCAACUCUGCGAACACGUUCGCGUCUGCUCCCGGACCGGCGCCUACCGGACCGCUACCUCCUCUGCCGCCUCUUCCAAGGAACAUCAGUCGCCAAAGCGGUUACAAUCCCGCGAAUCGUCAUAGCGCUCUGGGUAUACCUUCAGCAAAGCACAACGAGAGCACAUCGACCAGUCUGAACAGUAGUCCUGAGCGCAAUUGGGAACGUAUAAUAAGCUCCGGGAACGUCAAUCAAAUACCUGAGUACAAGAACAAUCAGAAAGUGACAACAACAGAUGACGCUGCAGCCGAAGCAGGGGUCGAGGUCUCGUCGAAUGGUGACACUUCACGACCAGCAAGCUAUAUCGGUCACAGGAGGAGUCUCGUGUGUCUCAGUAUCACCUCAAGCGGCAGCAAUCGCAACUCUGUCACAAGUCUUGCUUCCACGCUGGAGAAGCAGUCAAACAGAUUGUCUGUACCGCAAAUCCUCAAUGUUGACCGCAUCAGCAUAAGUCGUGUGUCAUCAUCUGGCUCGCUCAGUAGGGGUAAUGGCGGCGUUACAAUGGUUAGCACACCAAGGCGACACACCGGAUCCUCAAGAGUUUCAGCAACAGGGUCUCCACCAGAGAAACCCAGAUCAAGCGUCUUGCGUGCUGUGUCUGGCAACGCAGGCUCGCCACAGAGGCCGAUGAAGAAUGCAUUGAGAGACUCGGACGCUGACAGUAUGUCUAAAUGGGAAAAGUCAGUGAUAGGGCCUAAACACUCGAUCUUGAAAGGAAGUCCAAGCGCAAGAAAGAGGCAUCGUCGACAAAACUGCGUUCGUCUGUCGACACUCGCACCAACUGUUCUGGGUCCCGCAUCAGAGUCUCAAAGUAGAUCAACGAGUUCUUCCAUGGAUGGGAUCCGAGAAGAGUCACUAGAUGACGAAGAAGGUCCAACCGCUGACAAGCACCUGAAUGGCGACAUAACCCUUCGGCCGCGGACUACUGUGGAUCCCUUGAGAUUGCGGGCGUCACUCACGCCUAGCUCUCCAACUCUGUCCAUGGUAGCAUAUCGAAACGAACCUCUACAGUGGAACAGCCAGGUCAAUUAUAGAACUGCAUCUUAUGUGUCGCAAGCAGUAAAGUCACCACUAUCACGUCAAGCCUCGUUGUUCAGCAUACCGAGUCUGCCAGACGUGAGUCUUGUGGGCGAAGACGAGACUGCUCCACAAGGCUCAGAAACACCUGCAAUCGAAUUCACUCGUCCCUCGACUGAGUGGUCCGAGCAUGAACGCAGUCCUUCAUUUGGUUUGCAUGUCACGCCAAGUAACUCCACACGUUCAGUCUACAUUCCCGAAUCAUCUCCAUCGCUCCCAUCGUGGUCAAGCAAGUACGACCCAUCUUGGCCAAUGCUGAUAACGAAUCCGUCUGCAAGUGGACAAGAAUACGAUCCGAACAGACCAAUCUCCGUAUACUCCUCGGAUGAGGACGACAGCAGUUCUCCCAAGUUCCCUUUUGCUGUUAAAGAGGAGCCCGUAACAGCAACCUGGUCUUCGCCGCCGUCGUUUCUGUGUGACUAUGCGAGUGAUAAGGAAAACGAGGAGGCAGAAUCACCGAAGAACGAUAGCAAAAUUGAGUCACCCUACGCCCGUACAGCGGUGCUAACAGACCGUAUUCGCUCGCCUUUCGAGUCUAUGCCUAUCCUCCGUCCUCAUGCUUCAUUCCUGGAAGAUCUAGAUCCAAGCCUACCGUCCCCACCUCCAUCUCCUAGCUCUAGCAUUUGCAAAACGCCGCCGCUUCUUUGUCGUAAGAUUAGCAAUGCUAGUGAGACUCUGCCAGGCGCGAGACUGUCGAAUCCCAACAACAGCGUUCAUCGUCAAAAUCGUCGUAGCAGCAGUAUAAGCCCACGUCGUCGCAGUGGUAGCUCAAGUCCUCAUCGUCGCAGCGGCGGCAUCGAGAAGCCUUCUUCUCGCAGCAAACGCGUCACAGGACCUCGUGCCCAGCCCCCGAAAGACAUUCGCAAAAGCAUCAUGGCACUCAGACGCAUGAACUCCUCAUUACAAAUUCCCGAGGAUGAAAUGGGUCAAGGUUCGCAUCGUUAUCUGCAUCUAGGCCGUGAAGCGGCUCUUGAAUUACCCUUUGACUUUGGCUUCUCGCCAGAAAACUCUGAUAAUGAGGAUGGUCCACCAAGAGAUAUCAUGAUGGAACAGGAAGAAGACGAGGAUGACGACAAGGAAAGCAGAGAGUGCCAAUACGUCACUUAUUCGCCUUCGAAGCCUAUGCUCAGUCUUCUCACCACAUUACCCGAAUCUACAAGGAUGCCACAUACACAUCUCUCCGUGUGGAGGAACGGGGAGGGAUACUGGGCUGAGCAGGAACGUCGUGUCAAUGAAGCCGUAACGUCUAGCCCUGUGGAUACACCCACUAGUACACUUGACAAGAUGCUAGGCUUGGAAGCCAAAGAAGGGCAGGUUUUGGUGUCGGAGUCGGGGAAAGGGUUACAAGUCUCAAACGAAGGAAAAGAGACAACGACAUGGGACAAGAGAAAGAGCAAAGCCAUGGAGACGCCAAAGAGGUCGAGGAGUCCAUACGAUCAGCAGGGAUUUUACAGAAGCCCCUGA